GGUGGGCUGGCGCAGACACCAGUAGAAGUGCCCGGGCUUGGUGACGUCAGGGGUUGAGUGACCAAUGAGGAGGCGCUGCCCUUUGGAGACAAACCAUUCGACUUGGGCGUUUAUUUAUUUAUUUAUUUGGAGGGUGUGUGCGCUCGAGCGCGCGCGCAUGUUGUAUUCCGUUUUCCUUCCCUCGUUUUCUUGUCUGAAGCCUCUAAACUCAACUAGAAUAAAUCCACCUUAAAAAAACAGAAGAAAGAAAAGAAAAGAAAUCUCUGCCUUAAACUCCACCAGCUUUAAGCACAGAGGCACCCGGGUUCAAGGGCGUAGAAAUAGACCCCCAAAUCAGAAAAGAACAAGGGCGACGGAGGGAGAGAGAAGGGGAAAAACCCCAAGUCGCUGGCUGGAGGGCAAGAGAGGAGAGGGGGGAAGCCCCAGGAAAGAGGACUUGGCAGCGCGUCCCUCUCUUCCUGCCCCCUCCUUCCUCGCUUCCCUUCCUCUCCCUCUCCUUCUUUCUCUCCCUCCCCAGCGCCUCGCGCACGCCUCCCCUCCGCCCCUCCCUCAGUUAACAAGGCCCCUCUCCCCCUAUUGCUCUCGCACGCUCUCUCCUUUCUCCCACCUCAACCCCCCCCCCCCAAGAUACACACACACUCACCAAAAGGGGGGGAGAGAGAGAAAGGAAAAAAGGAGGGAAAGGGGGGGAAAUAUAGAGAGCGAGCCCCGGCGCUAAUUCCCGCCCGGCGCAGGCUAAUAGGCUCCCUCGAAGGUGGCGGGAGCGCAAGGGGGCGCCGAGCCGGGCACAGGCGCUCGUCGCUGGCUGCCCAACUUGGAUGAUGACCAUGACUACGAUGGCUGACGGGCUGGAAGCGCAAGACUCGUCCAAAUCUGCCUUCAUGGAGUUCGGGCAGCAGCCGCCGCCGCCGCCGCCGGCGCCUCAGCAGCCUCCCCAACCGCCGCCGCCGCCGCCGCCGCCGCCUCCAGUGGCACAGGCGCCCGGCGGCUCCUCACACUCAGCGCAGCAGCAGCAGCAGCAGCAGCAGCAACAGCAGACCUCGCCGGCGGCGGCCAUGGCGGGCGCCCACUACCCGCUCCAUUGCCUGCACUCGGCGGCGCCGGCCUCGCAUUCGCACCCGCACCACCAACAUCCGCACCCGCACCACCACCACCACCACCACCACCACGCCGCGCCUUACGCGGCCGGCCCGGCCGGCGCCAACUCCUACAGUCACCGCUCGCUCGCCGCCGCGGCCGCCGCAGCCGCGGCCGCCUAUCCCUACGUGAGCCACUCGCAGCACAGCCCUUACCUCCAGUCUUACCACGGCGGCGGCGGCGGCGGCGGGAGCGGCGGCGGGAGCGGGAGCGGGAGCGGCACGGGCACCCAGACGCGGCCGGACGACGCAGAUCAACAAAAAACCACAGUGAUUGAAAAUGGGGAGAUUCGAUUUAAUGGGAAAGGGAAAAAGAUCCGGAAACCUCGAACCAUUUACUCAAGUCUGCAGCUGCAGGCAUUAAACCACCGCUUCCAGCAGACCCAAUACCUGGCACUUCCAGAGAGAGCAGAGCUGGCGGCUUCAUUAGGACUUACUCAGACACAGGUGAAAAUCUGGUUCCAGAACAAGCGUUCCAAGUUUAAGAAACUGCUGAAGCAAGGCGGCAACCCUCACGAGACUGACCCCCUGCCCGGCUCGGCUACCCUCUCGCCGCGUUCUCCAGGUCUGCCUCCGGUCUGGGACGUUUCAGCCUCUGCCAAAGGAGUCAACAUGCCUCCCAACAGCUACAUGCCUGGCUAUUCUCACUGGUACUCCUCUCCACAUCAAGACACUAUGCAGAGACCACAAAUGAUGUGAUCGGUCCAAGAACAACCGCUGGGCUUGGCCGACGGGGCCAGCUCGUGGGUCUUGGGGUGAAUUGGGAGCGCGUGGCAAGGAAGACGGACUGGGGCGGUUCUGCCUUCCCCUCGCCUUUAACCUCAGCAAUUGAUCUUGAGCUGAGAGAAACCAUUUGCGUCGCGACCCACGUCAGAUGCUCUCUUUGGGAUAUUUUGUUGGGGAUUCAAAGGCACCAAGCCUUAUUGGGAGUACAAGUCAGAGCAAAACAAAAAACAAAAAAACAAAAACCCCAAUUACAGCCUUUUCCCACUAGUCCACCGCGCAGCAACUUAAAAAAAGAUCCUGUGGAAUGAAAAAAGCUAACAAAGCUACCCUAUUUUUAUUCACCAAACCCAAAUUAACAAAACAAAAUGGAUAGCGGGGAGGUAUUUUUUUUUUCUUUACGAAGAACGAAAUGCCAUCCAGGGAGGAGGGUGCGGGUGGGGGAGUGAGGAGAGGGGAAAAAAAUCUGGCUUAAUAUUUUGUACCUCCCCCUCCCACCCCCAGGCCAGCACAAUCGUGAAUCUUGGUCGGUCGGAACUGGUAAUCUUUUCUUUCCCAAUCUCUCCCCCGCCUUCUUUUCCUCCUAUAGUCAAUAAGCCAGUCUAAACGAAUUUAAAGCACCUGGAAAUGACCAGAAGUUCUUUUGCGCAUGCCCCAUUGCAACCAACUAGAGCUCUGCAUUUGCGUCACCUUUAUUUAUUCUAAAGGGGCUUCCAGGAGGGAUCCUUUCCAAUGGAUUCCGUCCGGGGGAGAGAGGGAGGAAGAAUCAAGGAAAAUAACAAAAAAUUGCCCUGCCUCAAAGGCUAAAAAUUCCGACCACAAUCACUUCCCAUACACUUCUGCGUUGUUUUUCAGCUGCCGACAGUCGCGUUGUACAUAUUGUUGAAUUUUAGUUGUAUAUAUAUAUAUCUUUGUAUGUUUUGUCUCCUCCUUUCAUAUAUAGAGUAAAAAGCCACAAAAUGUG